AUGCUCGCAGAACCAAGAAAACGACAUAAUGGCCAACCCCAAGCCUGCGAGCCAUGUCGCAAGGCCAAGAUUCGCUGCGACCAUGAAAGUCCGAAGUGUUCACGUUGUGCCCUGCGCAACUUGAACUGCAUAUAUCACCCUGCUCCUAUGACUAAACGCCGCCCUCCGACCUCCCACACACCCAUACACUUCGACCCAACUCUGCCAGCGGACUUACUGACGACUCAAAAUGUCUCCAGCACCUUCCAUAUUCCUAGUGAAUCUUCGGUCGGGGUAGCAAUCUCCCUCCCUCCUGCGGAGCCGAGCCCCGCUGCGAGUUCGGGGGUAACAGCCCGUUCGAGCGCAUCAAAACGGAACAUGUUAUUUCAAGAGCAGCUGGGCCAACACGAGACAACUCGCUUCUCAGCUGUCUUUGUUGAAAACCAAGAUAGCUUUGGCGCAGUGAUGGUUGAUGCCACGAACUCCGACUACCACGAGUUAGGCCGAGAGCCUGAUGUAAUGGCCAGGUCUCGCGUGGAUUUGGCUGUUAGAACACUGCUCAACUUCCCCUCUGUUCGUACAUGUGAUAUGCUUCUGACAGGAAUUCAUGAUUUAUAUGAUGUAUGGCUGUCACCAACCAUGAUCCAGCAAUGCUUGAAACAAGUAUGGACGGAAUACGCCAGUGAGCUAGGUGAGCCCCGGACGCGGGAAUCAGUGUUGAGAGUGGCGAAUGAUCUGUUUAUCAACCAGAAAAGGCCUCAUUCAACACCUGACUGCGAAUACGCAACCAAUUCUGACCAUGCUUCCUGGAUAAACUGGUUUGGCGGGCCUCAUCUACGAUGGGAAAUGAUCGGGAUCCUCUUCAGCUGGGCUGGAAUUGCAUUCAGAUGCAGACAAGAGUGGGACCCAGUAUUUGAUCUACCCGAGCAGCAUGGACGGAAUCGCAACACUGCGGCAGAGAAGAUGAGAGAGUGUGCUGCUGCCUGUGUAAGGCUUUGCGAAGGGAACUUUGAAAUCAGUGAUACCAUGGUUAUUUGUAUGAAGAAUAGCACCAGACUACAAAGCAUCAUCAUCAGUGAUGAGAGUGACCGCGUACGAGUCGACUAUGGGACUGUCCGCAGUGCUUUUAUAAGUGCAGGUUUGCAUCGCCUCGCUCCCUCGAAAGAAAUUACACCAUUCUCUCAACACCGAGCAUCACUCGCUUCGUCGAUGUAUUACCACGACAAAUGUCACAGUUUGUUCAAUGCGCGACCACCUAUGCUCAGUAGGCAUUACUGUCAAUGUCCUCUUCCACUCGAUUUAUGCGAGGAAGAUGUAUACGGGGGCCGAGAGCGACUCACUGUGGCCAUUGCACAGCUUGACUCUAAUGGCUGGAACACCAAUGGUCACAUAUACACAACAACCUGGCUUCGAGCACUGACGAUGCUUAGUCCUAUCCGGGAAGGAAUCUUGGAACUAACUCUUAGUCUCAAUUCGAAUUUUACGAAACCACAGGUAGAAGACCUACAAGUCCAGCUGGGGAAAAUAGUUGCUUCAUAUCCUCCGCACAUUCAGUACCAGGGGAACUCUAAAUUGCACGCCCAGUCAAGCUCACGAUUCCAUGAACGGAGCGCCCAGGAAACUUAUAUUAUCACCCGCAUACAACUUGAUGUAUUGCAAUGCCAUUUCCUUCUCCAGCGUCUACUUGUAUCGCGGCAAUUCAGUAGUGGCCAAGACUUGUUCGAUAUCGCCCAAGAGACAAUGUCUGUUAUCCUGUCUCUCUGGCUUAACCGCGAUCAGCUACAUGAAUUUCACCAUGCCUUUGACUGGAUUGCGGUAUCAUACGGAAUGCCCUGCGCUGGAAUUUUAUGUGUUGAGCUUCUCCGAGCAAGUAAUCUAGUACCACCUGCGACCGAAAGCGAGCCUUCAUCCACAAUCCGCGCUCACGACUGUGUUAGAUUCUCGCGGUCGGAAGUCGUCCAAAACCUGGUUAUGUUCAGAGCCUUACUUGACUGGAUACGGCCUACGGAUAACAAUGCGCAACUUAGCAAGAAGUUCAAGACGGUUUUACAGAGAAUCAUUGACGCUGUAUUUGAUUCUUUGGGGUCGUCGUGUGGCAUGCAGACACAAGAGAUGCCGAGCGAACAGCAGUCCCAGAGACACUAUGGUCCACAAGACCAGCAGCCCCCAGGACAGAAUCUACCUGCUGCGACGGGCAGAGAAACUGAUAUUGAUCCUGAAAUGAAUGCAUUCAAUGAUAUGGAUUGGCUGAACACGGUUGAUUGGACUCAGAAUGAUAUCCCGGAGUCAGUUCGGAGUGGUUUUCGAACUGUCGGAGUGGGUUACCCCGAGCGCAACAGGAGUUGCAGGCUCAUCGCCUUGGAAGUGACUGAAUUCGAAAUCGCACAUGUCCACGCCAUAAAAUCCUUGGUCGAAAAGGAGAAAAUCGACUGUGACUUUUGCCUCACAAGGUCUGUCGAUUUAUGGACCAACGAGAAAAGAGCUCAGAAGGCUACAGAUACGUACGGCACGUUGAUUUCUCGUAACCUUGACUACAUGAAGGAUGUCUUCUUUGUGUUUGGCAAGGAUGCAGAAGGUAUCUCGGAUGUCGAAGGCGCAAAGGCGCCAAAGCUUGCGCUUCUUUCACGGCAGCAAUCCUGUGGCCUCUCAUACCCCGGCGACGUCCGUCAGUCGGCAACCUUCGGGCAGCUUUAUCGUUAUAUGCAACGGCAUUUCAAUGGCUGGGAAGAUAGCGGGGCCCAAGUGGAUAAAGUUUGGACGGGAGUCAUGGGGUACAGCUGGGAUUCUCAGCCUCACAUCGGCGCCGUACCUGGGGAGGAUGGCCAGUUUGUACUUGCGGGCUUCAAUGGUCAUGGCAUGCCUCAAGCGCCUUUCUCUGCGCUUGGGGUUGCUGGUUCAGAAUGGCAUCGGGUUUGA